AUGGCUCGUGCUGUGCUGGCGGUGUGCAUGCUGGCAGCAGUGGCUUGCUGCCUUCUGCGCAGUAGCUGGGCGUUUAUCCCUGGCCGGGAGCCGGUGCGAAGCGAUGCCGCAGUGGCAGCUGCUGGGGCAGUCGUGGCUGCCAGCAUGCCCCAGCAUGCAGAGGCCUUCGUCUACAAGGGCAAGGAGUACUUUGACGUGUUCUACGGCAUUGACCCCCUGGCUUGGGCAAGCUGUGGCUUUGCCAUUGUCUACUUUGGGGCGGCGCUGAAGAACGCCGCGCAGAAGUAUAACAAGCGAACAUUUCGCGCAUGGGCAUUCGACAGCCUGUUCGGCAAAAGAGAAACGCGCACCCACUGCAUGGUAGUGGAGCCGGCUCCGAAAGACCUCGCUGCCACGCGCAAAGCCGCGCUGGUGCUGACGAUCAACAGCAGGACCUUGGAAAGGACGAUGCCUACAACUCAGAUGAUGAGCGCUGAGAGGCUGCAGAUGGUGAUCAUCACUGAAGAGGAGAUCCAAGCCCUGUCAAGGACGCCAGGUCAGUGGAUGGAGGAGAAGAAGGUGCGCAUGGGCGACAUCCGUGGCUCGGGGCCAGAAGUGUUGGUGGAGCUGCCCGGAGAGCACAUCCACAAGACGGGCGAAGAGCUCACCAACCUCAGGAAGAUCUGCUAUCACACGAAGGGUGGCAUGCGCACGGAGCCUGAAUGA